AUGGCUCACCUUCCUGAACCAGCUUUAUAUCUUGAUGUGAAGCAGGGCGCUCCUACGGAAUGCAAUCAUCCUCCGGACUUGGGUCCAUUUCUUCCAAGAAUUAGGAACUCUAAGCCGGAUGGUAUGAAGAUCCACUAUCUUCGUACUGAAGAAGCAACUUUAACAAUCUGGAAAAAGAUUGAGAUAAGGAAAGAGGAUCUGCACGAUAGAAACUGGUUCGAUUCGAAAGUCCCUGUACAAGACCAAGAAGACCACGAGACUUGUUGGUCAGUUUCGGGCGCUGAGAAUAUCAGCGAUGCAUUAUAUUAUAAUGAUGAUUCUAUUAAUAAGGUGUACGUACCUUAUUCAAGUCAGUAUUUGGUCGAUUUUGUGGAUACUGAAGAAGCAACAAAAAAGUACGAAAAGACCAAAGGGAAACAUUACUGCUACCCUUAUCCAGCCUACGAAGGUUUAGAGUAUGCCAUGAACCAUGGUAUACCAAGACGUGAUGAUUGGACAGACACCGGGUGCGGAAACGAAUUCCCUCCGAGUUGUAAUCUUGGUGAAGUCAGACUGAAGCACGUCUUAAAUGAUGUUAAAUCCUUACCUAAUGUGAAGCAGGCGAACGAAUACCUAAAGAUCCAACCGUUAUUAGGAUGUCUUGCGAUCUUCCAGCCUGAUUUCCGUCAGAUUAGAAAACGUACUUACCGUGGACCAACAUCAAAAAAUUCCAAGUUUGUUGGUUGGCAUUCAGUUUCACUUCGUGCAAUCAAAGUAGUGAAUGGGGAGACAAUCGGGAUCGGGAAGAACACCCAUGGAAUUCAGCAUGGAAACUCUGGUCAUUUUGAAGUAUCAUUGGACAUCGUGGUAUAUGAAUUGGAGACAAAAGGAAAACGAUCAUUUGGGCGGCGUCCAGGGAAACUGUUCAAUUCAUUUACCUAUGGAGAGGUUCGACCAGCAUAUCAGAAGAAAGUUGUCGAAUGUUAUCUUGAUGGUCAUAAGAUAGAUCAUCCGGAGACUCGCUCGAAAGAUACAGCAUUAUUUAUUCUUGAAGCGAUCUUUAAUCACACAUCUGGCCAUGAUGGUCAAACUGAGGUCAUUGGAGUUCCAAUAGAGCGAGCUUUGCUAAAAUGGGCGCUAAAGUUGCAGUUGAACAUGAACGUGACUUAUAGCAAGUCUGGUUCCACGACGAUUGAAAGUUCUCCAUGUAAUUCAAUGGAGGAAUGUAUUGGCAUAGCAGUAGACUGUCAUAAAUCAUAUGAAGGUGGCAUUCGAGUUCACUGGAAAGGCAACCCCUCCGUCAUUCUAGGUAACUGCACAAAGUAUGAUUGUUACGGCGAACACGUAGUAAUGAGUGAAUCCAAGAGAACACAACUCAGAGAUUCUAUCAAAGACAUGGCUGCAAGAAAUCUAAUAUGUAUCGCUCUUGCAUACCAAAAAUUUGAAUGUACUAAUCUUCCACGUCGAGCAAAAAGACAUCGAUGGAGAUUGCCUUGUAAAGACCUUAUUCUGUUAGCCAUCUUUGGUAUUGAGGAUCCGUGUCGACUUGGUAAAGAUGAUGAUCAUCAUCAUGAAAAGCAGGGUUUGGAAAAAAUUUCGGAUGAGGAGAGGAUCAUGGACAAAGAAAUUGAGAAUGAAGCGCCAGCACAGGACGAUGCAUCUCUAUCUUCGGCCAUCAUAGCAGCUGAUCUGUUAAGCUCUGCACGGCUUAUGCGUAAGCUUGACAAUGUGUAUACCAAGUACUCAGCUCAGUAUUUGGUGGAAAACGCUUGUCCCAAGAAGGAAGCUGGGCAGGGAGAAACGGAUCACCACUGCUCCAAGCUCACUGUCAAAGAUGGCCUUAAGUUUGCUUUGAAAGAAGGGAUACCGAAAGAAGAAGAUUGGCUGCAUUUGGGAUGUAUGUUCAACCGUCCCUCAUUUUCUCAUAACGCUGCUCGUGUGUGCAUGAAAGGAGAAGUGAUCGAGACUGCCAGUGUGAAUGAGGCACUAGAGUUCUCGACUCAUCAACCGGUAGGAGCGAAACUACAUGUGUUUAGUCCUGACAUUGAUCUUCUUGGAGACGGGAUUUACAUUGGCUCGUCUUGUGAGAAAUCUUGCUAUGUUGGACUUAGAAAUGUGAUUAUAUACGGAGUAACGCAGAUGGAUGGACAAACUGUUGCUAGUGUAAAGAUGUGCUAUGGCAACAAGGUUGCAUUCAUCAAAGUGUCUUUGGAAGCUGUGUCUCUCCAGCUAUUAAAGGAUGGUUUGUCAAAAACAGGAAGUCUGCUUGUUGACUUUUGUCUCCCACGCUUAUCUGUUGAGUAA